UUGGCUGGAUGUGGUACUUGGAGAUGUUGAGCUGGCUCCUUCCCCCCAUGUCCCUGCACACACACAGGGGCGGGUGGUGCGGGCGGGAGCGGGAGGCAGGGCUCAGCCCCGGCGGCGGCGGUGGGGCUCCCCCUAUUCCCUGCCUGCCCGCCGCCGUGCCCGAGCCGCUCCUGCUGCUGGGCUGCUGCUUGCGGCCGCAGGACCCGGCCGAGCCGGGCCGAGGGGAGCGCGGGCGGCUGCUGGCGGCGGCCGAGAUGAUGGCGGAGGGCGGCGGCGGCCCGGCGCGGAGGAAGGCGCUGUCGCUGCUGGAGGCGGCCCGCUCCCGCUACGAGAGCCUGCAGAUCUCCGACGACGUCUUCGGGGAGUCGGGACAGGACAGCAGCGGCAACCCCUUCUACAGCACCUCGGCCGACUCCCGCUCCGCCGCCUCUUCCCAGGACGAGGAAGACGACGAGGAGGACGAGGGGCGCCCGGAGGGGCCGGGCCCGCGGGGCAGGGCGGCCCGGCGCCGCGCCCCCAGGGCGGCGGCCACUCCGGCGGAGCGGCGGCGACAGCGGCAGUUCGGCGGCGGCAGCGCCGUCCCGGGCGGCCCCGGCCCGAUGGAGGAGGAGGAGGAGGAGGAAGCGGAGAAGGGGGGGUGGACCCGGUCGCUGCGAGACGUCCCACCCCCUCACUUCAAGGAUGGCAGCGGUCCAACACGAAAAAUGCCCCUGACUGCCAGUGCCAUGGACUUUUUUCAGCUCUUUGUCCCUGACAAUGUACUAAAGAAUAUGGUGGUCCAAACCAACAUGUAUGCCAAGAAGUAUCAGGAGAGAUUUGGUAGUGACGAUGCCUGGAUUGACGUCACCUUGACGGAAAUGAAGGCCUUCUUAGGCUACGUGAUAUCAACCAGCAUCCACCACUGUGAGUCUGUUCUCAGCAUCUGGAGCAGUGGCUUCUACAGCAACAAAAGCAUUGCACUUAUCAUGACGCAAUCACGGUUUGAGAAGAUCCUGAAGUACUUCCAUGUUGUGGCCUUCCGCUCGAGCCAGACAACACAUGGCCUCUACAAAAUCCAGCCUUUUCUGGACUCUCUGCAGAAUGGCUUUGACUCUGCUUUUAGACCUUCACAAGCCCAGGUACUACAUGAGCCCCUGAUUGACGAGGAUCCCGUUUUCAUUGCCACGUGCACGGAGAGGGAGCUGCGCAAGAGGAAAAAGAGGAAAUUCAGUCUCUGGGUUCGUCAGUGCUCAUCCACUGGUUUCAUCUGCCAGAUUUAUGUCCAUCUCAAAGAAGGGAGUGGUGCUGACGGGCUGGAUGCUUUGAAGAACAAACCGCAGCUUCACAGUAUGGUGGCCAAAAGCCUUUGUCAGAACGCCUCUGGGAAGAACUACAUCAUCUUCACUGGCCCAAGCAUUACCAGCCUGAAUCUCUUUGAAGAAUUUGAGAAGCAAGAGAUUUACUGCUGUGGGUUGCUGAGCACCAGGAAGAGUGACUGCACAGGCCUACCUCCAUCCAUGCUGAACAACCCUGAAACUCCCCAGUCCAGAGGACAGUACAGAAUAAGAAUGAAGGGAAACAUGUCUUUGAUCUGCUGGUACAAUAAAGGGCACUUUCGUUUUUUGACCAAUGCCUAUUCACCGGUUCAACAAGGAGUUAUAAUUAAGAGAAAAAGCGGAGAAAUUCCGUGCCCAUUAGCAGUUGAAGCCUUUGCUGCUCACCUUAGCUAUAUCUGCAAAUAUGAUGACAAAUACAGCAAGUAUUUCAUAUCUCACAAACCAAACAAGACCUGGCAGCAAGUAUUCUGGUUUGCCAUCAGCAUCGCUAUAAACAAUGCCUACAUCCUCUACAAAAUGUCAGAGGCCUACCAUGUGACAAGGUAUAGCCGCGCACAGUUUGGUGAAAGACUCGUAAAGGAGCUUCUGGGCUUGGAAGACACCUCACCCUCCCAUUGAUGCAUUGUUCUUGGUGGCGUAGGCAGGGGGUGGAGGGUAAGCAGAAGAAGACACCACACCUGGAAUGGCAAAGCAAGGAACUUGUGACACCACCAGUGCUGUCCUUAUCCAAAAAUGCCAAGUGAUGCCACUAGAGAGGUGGAAACUUUGUUCCUAGUAGCAGCUGGAUGUAAACAUGUCCUGCAGAAAGUGCCAGUGGAAAAGCUGACACAAAAUUGCCUAUGUGAAUGCCCUGUGGGAAUCUGUACACCAGAAACAGACUUAAGUUAGUCAUCAUCUCAGUACUAUUUGUUGAGCAGGGUCAUCUUGUAAAGUUCCCCUUGGGCUAAGAGCUUGUCAUAAGCUGGCCAUAGCUCAGCAGUCCUAGGCGGGCAUUACAGAAAACUCGAUACCUUACUUGGAGUUAUUCAGUUCUGGGACAAGCAACGUGCACCAUGGGCUGUGGUUGGGAGUGCCUGCCAUCCUGUGAGGCAUCGCUGCUGUCCUCCCCGUGUGCUAAACGAAGCAGUUCAGAUACACGAACACCGAAGCGGGCGUAUUGACAAACAAAACCUUCACAGGCAGGCAGCCAGGAACUGAGGACCAGUUAAGGCUUUUUCUUUAUGUCUUUUUUUUUUUUCCCCCCUUUGCUUUUAUUAAUGUAAUGUAAGGCAAUUUGAUCCCAGGUAGAACAUAGCAGAAUUAGGAGAAACCAAACACAUUAGUGAAUUUAAAAUGGAAAAUACAUUACGUUUAUUUUCUUUUUUAACCAAGAUGAAACAUUUUCUACACAAGCAGUGAGUAACACUGUAAGUAUUAACAGUGAGUAAACCAGUAAGUAGAUACUGCCUCACAUCUUAACUGCCACGGUCAGUGUACAGGUGAGAAAUCAGAGUAUAACAAUUAUAUUUUUUCUUGAUUUCAACUGUAUCUUAAAUGUUGCUUAAAAAUGUAAUGGACUGUUAAGGUUUUAGGAACAAUGAUUUCUGUCUUUUCCUUUUGUAACUGUCAAGACUUUUUUGGUCCAUUUUAGAACUCCAUUCAGUACACAGUUGGCAAGAAAAAAUAAGUCACUAAUAGCAGUGUGUUUCCCAUUAUCACUGCGGGGUGUUCUGUAGGAAUUCUUCUUGUUAGAAUUCAGGGCUUGUCACAGUAGUUGUAAUUAAGCAGAUUACAUGUUUAGCAAAAUAACAUAGCGUUGUGUUUUACAAAAAGAAAGAAAGAAGUCCAGUUGCAACCAUACCUUAAGCCUCACUAAAACAGAGCAAGCCCAAAGAGUUCUCCUGUCCUGAGUAACACCGCAGAGGACAAGCAUCAUCAGGAGCUGGUGCCCAUGGCUGGAACGCCACAUUUUGGUGCUGGUGGAAUCUGAAGGCUGAUGAAGCUUUGGAAAACAAAGCCAAGAGAGAGCAGUAUGAUUGAAACAGGGGAGAAUCGAUACCGAGGUAAAAUACUACCCUGCCCUCUGCACAUUACUGAUUUCAGUUCACAACUCAAUCAGCAAAAAAACUCUGUGUUCUAAAGGUUAGCAGUGAUGGACACAAACAGAAUUGCAUUAACUUACAGGGCCGAAAACAUGUUGCUUAAAGGACCAGCUGGUUUUAGGUCCCCAAGCCUGAAACAUUUUGCUGACGAAUGACUUGGCUUGAUUCAAGAGGAAUGGAGUGAUUGAGUGAUUUCCGUAUCAGUGUAAGCGUCACCAGGUUAUACGUGUCUGGCAAGAGACAAUAGAAGGUAACUGACAUCAAUGUGAGAACUCCCCAGGUUUCAUCAUUAUGUGAUGUGCAAAUGCACAGCAUGGAAAUCACGACAGGCUCCAGCAGGGGUUAGUAAAUUACUGACUAGCCCAAAGAACAUCCUUCCACUGACAUGUUUCUAUUUCCACCAAAGUCUUAUUUUUUUGGAGUAGAGUUAGGGGCAGAUCUCACCUGGUUUCAGGGAGAGUAAGAAGAUGCCCAGCUCCGUGGUGGUUCUGCUUGCAAUACAGCCUGGAGACUGUCCCACGCGUCAUGCUCUGCCUGCCAGCUGCACGAUGUACAGCAGUGGGCUUCCCAAGCAUCCCUUUUCACUUCUCAGUCCACAAGGUCUCCACCCAGGAAACGUGGAAGAAAGAACAAAACCUUGUGCACUGAGGCCUCCUAGCCUCAAAAGGAAGGCGAGGCUCUGUACCACUCCAGUUCUUGGCAAUGCCAAGCUGCAUAGGAGCCCAGGGAUGAGUUCAAAUCUUGGCCCUGCAGAGAACUGAGACCACCCCUCUUCAGACUGAGUGUGUGUGGUGGCUUGUAAGUAUUCAAAGAGGGAGAAGAGCUAGUGUGAGGCAUGAAAAAGAAAGGGUCAGCGGUAUAACCCACAGUUUCCUUUUUUGAGGGAAUUUCCACAGAGGUACCUAAAGGCAAAUGGUGUUCUUGAUGCUCCCUGCUUCAGAGAAUGCCAGGCUAUAUUGCAACAUGAAGAGUAGCUACAAGUUCAUUAUGUCCUGUAAAUUUUAUGGUAGCCAAAACUGGGGCAGUAAGGAAAGGCCUGGACUGGAACGUUGCUGAUGGGACAGCUUGAAUGAACAGUAGCUGCUGGGAGCCAAAUUUCCUUGCAUUGCCCUGCAACGCUGGAGCAUUUGUAAGACACACAUGCCCCCAGCAGAGAUGGGGAGGUUUGCAGGAGUGUCUCCUCGGGGACACUUGGUACUUCUGAGGAGUAAGCACAGCACUCUCCGGCUAUGUUGUAGCCCCCUGAGAUAAACCUAGAGCCCUUGGCCAAUUGUUACGUUACAAUGUAUGCUUAAACGCUUGGAUCUAGGCCAUCCCGUACAGAAAAUGCCUUUUCUUUUUCAGGUGGCAGUAGGUCCAAGGCCUUGGAAUGUUUAAUUUUCCACUAAUGUAGGCUGUUAAUUAUGUGGAUUACUUGAGCUAAAAUCAUGGUGUCCUAGAUUUUUGCCUCAGGGACUUGGUCCUGAGUAGUUUUCCCUAGAAUUGGUGUUGACGGGGGAUUACACAGUGGCUGACUAUUACAGGGAAGAUGCUUUAGUCUCCUUUGUAAAGGAGAAAAAUGAAGACAAAAUUAUAGCUUUGCAAUGAAUUUCAUUUUCUUAGCCUUAACCAUCCCUCAUCAUUUUGAACUGGUGCCCUACAUAUGCACAAACAUUCCAUAAGUAAGCAAAAAUAUUUAUAUAUAUUUAUAUGUACAAAAUGCCUGAAUUUCGGCUCUCGAAGCCAACAAGCAAAAGCCACCAAAGCAUAGUCUAUAUCCACAGCUGACUAUUCCACCUCAUCUUCUCCGUUUAUUGACUAGGAGUGGAUAGGGUUAGGGAAAGUUAAGAUUUCUCCCCAUUAAAAAAGCAUCUUGCACUUUCUCUAUGUUACUACAAACAAGGCAACGUAAUUAAGGAAGAAACUGAAUAAUUUUUAAAAGGCAAAAGUUUGUUAACUGCAGCUCAGCUUUUGUAGCAUUUCCUUUACUGCAAACUGGCUUACUCAGAUUUGGUUCUUCACCUGCUUGUAACAUUAAAGUUUCUCCCUAGUUAGAGGCAAAAAAAAAAAGAAGGGGUUACUCUCAAAGUAGCGCAAGGAGGCUAGCUAUAGUGUGUGUGUGUGUGUGUGUGUUAAUUGUGCAAUGGCUUGUGAAGUGAUAGAAAGUUUGGGGUGCUUGGGGGGGAGGGUUGUAGCCUUGAGACAAUCUGAGUAAGAGAUCUUAAGCUCAGCAGUAGCUGUAAUGCAGUGGAAAUGCCAACCAGGUCACAGAGGAACAUCUCUAAUUUUUUCCAGGGGAAAAAAAAAAAGUUUGAAGCUGAAGCAGACAAAGGAGCAGCAAGGCUUGGUUCUCUCCUGCUGAACUGAAUUUUCAUUAACAUACUUCUGAAAACUGAAAAUUACUUAUUUAUGGUAUGCAAUCUUUGUUUCAAAGAACUGAGACCAUCAGUAGGACAUACUGACCACCUUCUAUGCACAGCCCUUCUUUCAAGAAAUGUCUGUCAUGCCACCAUCCAUUCUUGGAAAACAUUUUUCCCAGUGUAUAAUAUAACACUGACUAGAGCUUAGAAGCCACUGUGAAAUGGUUUCCACUGCUUUUGUCUGCUUUGAGAAAUGCUUCAAAGGGCUUGCAGAAACUCUGCUACUUUUUAUUUCAGCCCAUCUGUGCACUUGACACUAAGACACAAUUUAAAGAAAUCUCUUCUCUGUUUUCCAUUUCUAUUCUCUAUCCCCAACCCUUCUACAGUUUCACGGUAGUCCAAGAAUCCCAGUUUAUAGAAGUUUCAGUGUCCCUAAUGGGUACAACUUUGUUUUCUUCAGACAAUUCCCAGAGAAAAAUUAAUUUAGCUGUUUCCAGACUGACAUUAAGGACAGCAACUCAAAACAGCAUUCCCAUUCUUUACCUCCAGCUACACUUCUGUGUCCUUUUUUUUUUUUUUUUUUCUUUCUUUCCCUGAAGAGGGUUUUUUCCUUCUAACAUUUAUUUAGUAGUCUAUCUUGAGCUGGUGAAUAGUGAAAGAAGGCUCCAAUAUCUCAGUCUUACAUGUCUUAGUCCCCUAGCCCUAGAGCUGAUUUUAGUGAUGAGCGGGGGAUUUUGCUGCACUGAUAAUUCUGCGCAUCUGUGCUACUUUCCAUGCAAGGAUUGCAAAGUGCUUUAACACCCUCAGCUCUCAUGAGACAUCAUUAGCUCCUCCAAUAGGACCUUCCCCUUCCCUAAUCAGACACUGAGGCACAGCACAGGUAAGAGGGUGAUGAAACUGUGGUGUUUUCAUUCCUGCUGAUUAAGUCCACGUUCUGUGUUUUCAGUGACUUGGUUCUUUUUCAAAUGUACUUUUCCGAACUAGAAAUGAAAGCAUGCCGAAUGUCAUUCCACCCUGAAGUGAGGGCUGUGGGACUUUAUCAGGACAGGUUCCUUACUCUGUAUAGGUCGGUACGAGUCAAAACCAAGUUGCACUGAAGGUAACAGAAAACUGGAUAAAACAUAGCCGUGCAGCCUGCCUGAGGAGCUUAGAGGAGAUAAAUGGAGAAUCUGAAGCUCUGCAGUAGUCCAGUAAUCAAUGUGAAACUCAGACAAAUCAUUACUAAGGCUGACUUGAGAAAAGUCACUGAGGCUUAGGUGGAAUAUGAAGUCUUCCGUCCAUCUCUGUUGUGGAGUUUGCCAUGGCACUUUCCUGUUGCUAGGACUACUGUAAGAUUAAUUGUUUGUAAAACAAGAGCUCAUCUCAAUCUGGUUGAGAACAUUCAAGUGUCAAAGGCCUGUUAGCAGCGUUUCACAAAGGCAAGGAACUCUAAGCUCAAAACACAUGUGUAUUUGGCCUGUCAUUAACUAGGCUAUUUUGCACAGACAGAUCACAUCGUCAUCUGCUCAAACGCAAGCCUCUCACCAGUGCUACUUGACACGUAUUCCCUCUCAUAACAUUUCAUUCCAAACCUACCUUUGUUUCCAGAAGCAUUAUGAACUGGAAAAACCCCCGUAUCAUCAUCUCAUUGUUGGGGAACAGUGGAGAAUAGCUGUGCUUUGUACAAAACAGGUCUCUUCUUUUGAGAGGCGGCUCUGUGUCUUCAGAAAUCUAGCUCUGGAGAAGUUUCCUGCCUUAUGCUUUCCUUUGCUUCGUCAUUCCAUGGAUUUAGAGCACAUCCAAAUCAUCCUGCAGGUUCUUGGUCAGUCUGGAAGAGGUGAGAGCAGAGAGUUGGCCUUUCACUUCACUUUUAUAGUAUUACUUUGCUGAUCCUUUCUGCUAUUUUGCAAAUCUCCGACGGAACAGGGUAAUUGUUUCUGAAGCCUAUAUACUAUAAUUGCAAUCACUGUGAAGGUGUUGCCUGCUUUGCCCCAUUAGUGCUGCCCGUCAGGUUUGUAUGGACCCAAAACAGGUAUCAGCAUCACCCCACCCACUGCUCCCAUUGGAAUGGCUGUAACAUUCCUCAGCUCUGGAUCGCUGUCAAAGAGGGGCCUUUGACGUGGUCUGGGGAGUUUUUUGGUGUUUUGGUUUGUUUUAAACCCUUCCACGCUGAUGGGUCUGGUGAAUGGCUGUUAGGUAUCACGAAAAGGCCUUAAGUGGUAAAUCCCUUUUGUAUCACUCUUCUGAAGUAAUAAUUGCUUAUAUUAGAUGUCAAGGUGGUCCACACGAUGUGUAGUGCAAAAAAAAAAUCUCUUAUCCAUGAAAACAUCACUCUGCAGAAGUGCUCAUUUGAUGUAACUGCAACAACCCUGGAAUGCAUGGGGGACCUGGAUGAAGAACCUAGUGGGAAAGGACCAUAACGCCGUCCUGUAGGGCCAUGAUGUGCAGGGCCCAAUUGGAUGAACAAAGAGGGGAGAGACGAGUGCGAUUUGGGAUCCGGGAUCCUUGAACAGACUUCAUAAGUCAAGCUAGUCUCACAAGUUUGACUAGGGAAGGGAAGACACCAGGCCCAUGCAGUUUGCUCCCAGCCCUGGCAACUCUGUUUCUAAAAUAAAGCUGGCAAAUGCUUUCACUUUUCAAGUAUUUACGGUGUGCUCUGGACUUCAAACAGAGCAUUUUGUCCCAUUUUCACUAAUUACCAAAAAAAAAAAAAAAAAAGAGCCUAGAAACGGAAAAGCAAAGCGCAGUACACUAGGUUCAUCUGUCCAGAACCCCAACCCACUUGGUGUCAAAGUAACUUUGUGGUCUUGUUCUCCAGUUAAUCUGUGACAAGGUGUAUGCAAAACGUGACUGCUGAACAAUUCGCACCUCUCUGUGAAAGGGAGUUACUCAUUUGAUGGAAAACAAAGUACAGGUCUCUCAGACUUACUUUCACAACCUGGUUUUUUUCUUCCAGUUGUGAGCCAAAUCUUGGCUUGGCAUUGCAGUACGGAAAUGAAAAAUACCUUGACCCCCAUGGUUUGGGGUGAGAUUAGAGAUAGCAAAACUCAGAUUUCUGCCAGAGAUUAAUCUGAUCCCGUACAGGUGAGGCUGAUCAGCACAGUCCGUUAGAAGGACGAGUCUAAGGGGAGCAGCAGGUUUGAGGAGGCAGAGGGAGAUGAGCCAGGUGAUCCCUUCUAACUCCCAUCUUUCCAGCAUGUGUACCCCCCGCCUUCCCCUCCUGCCUUUGAAUUAAAAGGAACAGGCUGAUGUUUAACACAACCAGCCUGUGCAGCUGCUUUAGCGACAUAAACCCUGCUUUAGCUACACCACUGGCCUCACGCCAUGCCUUCCCUCACACCGUACACGUUCAGUAGUCAUCAGCCUUGGAGUCAAAGCACUGCUGCAUGUCAGCGCGGCAUGGAAGCGACGGUCUGAGGAAGUGCCAUGGUAGAAACAGGAGCAAUGGGGAUUCUGGAAAAGGAAUCUUCCCCUCUAUGUUUUGUUGUCGUUUAUUUUCAGUAUGUGCAACUUACGUUCCAUCAAAUGCAGUGACGGUACCAAACGCAAAGGCCUGACCUGGCUGAGUGCUUUCAAACCGACUCCAUCGGGCUCCGCUCACAACAUCAGUGACUGCAGUUUUGUUGCAAAGUUCUAUAUUCUUUAUAAUUCUGAAGAUUUCUGUUGAAAAUAUAAAUUCCAGAGGCAAAGUGUACACUGCAAUUGCUUUUUCUUUCCUCCCUUAUUUUUUUUUUUAAAAACUCAGAGCAAUUUUGUAACAGCCAAGUCUUUCAGGAAAUGCAGGUGUGUGACCUCUUUACGGUAAGAGAUACGCAACUGUGUUUCUGCAUGGGACAGGGAACUACUUUUGUGACACCGGUUUUGUUCUACACAAAGGCACGCUUGCAAUAAAUUUUUACAAGUUUUGUACACCAUGAGCUAAAUUCUGAGUUCCAAAAAUGUGAAGUGUGGCGACAAUAACAAAAUGGAUUUAUAGUAUCACUCUGAUAUCUUGUCAUGUGAUUUUAUUUCUUCAACAAAGUUUGUUUACAAUCAACAACUUUGAAAUACAGUCAGAUAUAUUA